CGCAACCAGCUUAGUCGGUUGUCAGUCGCGUUUGUAAGUACCAGCACACACGGCGCACUUAAAAAUCGUAUCGCCUAACUAAAACGGUGAUAAAACGUCGAUUGUGUGCCGUUUCUUUGUCGACAGACGAUCGUUCGUGGAUCGAUAGGUCGGUGCGAAAUUAACAAUAGUGCGAUGGGUAGAAAGGAGAAGGGUCCCAGAACGGAGAGGAACAACAGGAACAAAAAGAAAAAAAUGUUGGACUACGAGGACGAAUCUUCGUCGUCCGGUGCGGAACUCACUCCAAAGAAAAAUGGAAAGUCCACCGUGAGCGCCAACCCCCAACAGCAACAACAACAACCCUCCCUUCUGUCCUCCUUAAGAAGCGUACUGAUUGUUCUCAGCACCGCUCUGAUAUGCUUCGCUGCGGCCCGAAACUCCAUCACCUGGCACUGCCAGCGAUUUUGGGGAGCGUCCGGUGACUUCUGGCAGGCGCAGUGGGAUAAAUUCUUGAACAUUGUUGGCGAGGAUCCCUUUUAUCUCUGGGUUUACGGAACGAACAUAUUAAAUUUCCUGGUUUACUGGACAUUCGGUGGCAUUUAUACCUUCCUAGAUGUGACUAAUAAACCGGCGGCUUUGAGACGCUACAAGAUACAACCGGGCACCAACGAACCUGUAGACAACCGAAAACUUCUCAAAGUAAUAUGGCAAGUGCUGGUCAACCAGAUUGUCGUGGGAAUCCCCUGCGCCCUUCUGAUGUUUUGGCUGACACAGUGGCGUGGAUUCCCACCAGUAAGAGAACUACCCACCUUUCAUUGGGUACUUUACGAAUUAGCCGUUCAUAUUUUGGUCGAGGAAGCUGCCUUCUACUACUCCCAUAGGAUCUUACACAGCCGACACCUCUACAAGUACAUCCACAAGCAGCACCACGAGUGGACGGCACCGAUCGCUGUGACCGCCAUUUACUGCCACCCCAUCGAGCACAUCUUCUCCAAUCUGGUGCCGCCAUUUCUGGGAGUUUUCAUAAUGGGUUCGCAUGUUGCCACCGCCUGGCUCUGGUUCACCCUCGCCAUACUUUCAACUCUGAACGCCCACUCUGGAUAUCAUUUACCUUUCUUCCCAUCUCCCGAAGCUCACGACUUCCAUCACCUGAAGUUCAACAAUUGUUUCGGUGUUUUGGGCGUGCUGGACCGUCUGCACGGGACCGACAGCAAUUUCAGACAGACCAGGGCGUACGUGCGCCACAUCAUGAUGCUGAGCUUCAUACCGCCGAGGGAGGCGUUCCCCGAACAGCAGAACUAUUGCAAGCAUAAGAUGGGCAAGAACUAAAAACGGUGAUACGCACAGAAGAAGAAAACGUACAGCAAUACCGACUUGUUAACUCUAAUUUUAUUCAACUAAUUACUAGUGUACUGAAAUUAUGUUAUGAAGCUUGAUCGAUGUUUACAUUUAAUGUAUAAUAUACGAUUUUAUGAAAUCGAGGCCCCUGCAUGUUAUUGAAGUAAGGCACAACGAGGCCUAAAAUGUGAUAGAAAAACUGGUGUUGGUUUAUUGGGGUCUCGCGCAUUUUUAAUCAUACGUAGACAUUCAGCUAAUGUGAUUUCUAGUGUUAAUUUUUUGAUUUAUAAAAUACAUAUUUUCAUAUAUUCUAUUAUAGUGAUAUUUGAUAUUAUUUAGGAUAUUUUAAUUCUAGUUGCGACUGUGAGAUUUAAUUAUUAAUUGCACUUGAUUAUAAUUAAUGAUUUCAAAAUGUUUUUGGCGCGACUCGUCCGAGUUUCUGUGAUUUUAAUUUGUGGAAUCGUACACAAAGCACAAAUUCAAAAGUUAUAAUAAGUAACUAAUAAUAAGGCUUGUAAAUAUUUUUUUCGGACCUGUUAAAAUGACCAAAAGCUGAAUUAAAGCAUUUAUUUUGCAUCUAUCAAGUACAUAAGAUUCUUGUAAUUCUUCUCCUUACUAUUUAACACAUCAUUUAUCACAAAAUAUGUAUAUACGUAGAUAAAACUUUAAUGUCUUUCAAUUUAACUUAUAAGUUGUAAGAGAUGUUAAAAUAACUAGUUUCAAACAUUUAACGCAUUUUAUAAACUGUGUUUAAUAAUCAUAUGGUGGCAAAUUAAGUUGUCCUGAAACUUAUAUUAAAUAACUAACGUGUUUAUGAAUAUAGGAAUAUAAUAAAUAUAUAAUUUUUA